UGGUUUGUAAUUGCACCACAGUGUUUUGCAAGUGAAACAAUUACAUUGAAUUACUCUGUAUGUAAGUAGGUUUUCAUUAAAUAUUGAUUAUAUUUGUACGAAGUUACCCCGUCAUUAUUUUCCUUUGUCCUAUUUAUGUUAUGAUACUGCGUUAUUUUAGCACAUCAAGCAUAUAUUUCAUUUUCUAGGAGUUUGGUCUCCAUGGUUCAAUGACCAGUGUUCUGUGACAUGUGGAAACGGGACCCUAACACGUGUACGUCGCUGCUCCACUGGCCACGUAGAGGAUUGUGACGGAAACAGCAGCGAAAUAGUUCACUGUCAGGACAUGCCUUGCAAAGGAGUUUGGUCCCCAUGGUUCGAUGACCAGUGUUCUGUGACAUGUGGAAACGGGACCCUGACACGUGUACGUCGCUGCUCUACUGGCCACGUAGAGGAUUGUGUGGGAAACAGCAGUGAAAUAGUUCACUGUCAGGACAUGCCUUGCAAAGUGGAUGGGUCCUGGUCAUCUUGGUCACCAUGGUCACACUGUGACGUCACAUGUGCACAUGGUCACAAACAUCGGACACGCACAUGUACUAAUCCAGCUCCCGCCUUCGGGGGUCAGAACUGCUCUGGAGUCAACCAUGAAACCAGCAAGUGCACGCUUGCACAAUGUCCAAGUUGGAGUAAGUGGUUCCUUGGCGACUGCUCAGUGACCUGCGGUAACGGGACCCUGUCAAGGAUGAGGAUGUGUUCUUCCGGGCAUGAAGAGGACUGCCCAGGGUCUGCCAUCGACACUGCCGUGCUCUAAACUGCCAUGCUGACGCAAUUACACUUUUGAAAAUCAAAAUGUCCGAAUGAUAUCAAGACCUUAAACGUUUUCAUAUGCAAAAUGUAGAUAAAAACAUCUCCGUUAAAGUGUGUUGUAUUGUUUUGACAAGUAUGUGAAAUUGUUUAAACUAUCGUUCGCAUAUAUAAAGCUGAAACUCUGAAUACUGUCACUCUAUGUGAAAAAAACGUAUAAGGC